AUGAUGAGAGCCCUGGCUUUUGAUAAAUUUUUGCCUGAUCCCAAACCUUUUAUUAAAGAAGUUCCGAUACCAACUCCAGGCCCUGGAGAAGUUCUAGUCAAAAUGGAAGCAGCUCCUAUUAACCCAUCUGACUUAAACUGAAUGAAAGGGGUAUAUGGAAUCAAGGCAGAAUUGCCUGCUAUAGGUGGAUUUGAAGGCGCUGGAACUAUAAUUGAAACUGGCCCAGGACUUUUUACUAGUUUUCUAAAAGGAAGGCGCGUAUCUUGCAUAGCAGCUCCUGGAAAAAGUGGGACAUGGGCUGAAUAUAUGGUGACUAAAUCACAUUACUGUACAAAACUAAAGGAUCAUUUUUCAUUUGAGCAAGGCGCUACCUUUUUCAUCAAUCCCAUGACUGCCCAAAUGUUCACAGAAAAAAUUUCCGCAGGCAAGCACAAAGCUGCUAUUCAAACAGCAGCAGCCUCAUCUCUCGGCAAAAUGAUGGUAAAGUGGGGCGAAAGAACCAAAUUCCCAAUAAUUAACAUUGUAAGAAGACCAGAACAAGUUGAGAUGCUUAAAAAUCUUGGAUCAAUGUACAUUCUAAACUCAACAAGCCCAACAUUUAAAGAAGAGUUAUCAGAUCUAUGCAAAAUACUACAGCCUACAAUCGCUUUUGACGCUGUAAGUGGAGAACUGACAGGGGUUAUUAUGAAUGCUAUGCCUGACAAUUCUAUUCAUUAUGUGUAUGGAGCUCUAUCAGGACAAGAUAUUUCUGGGAUAAAUACAAGAGGCCUUUAUUUUGGAAAUAAACUAUUAGGCGGCUUAUGGCUUACAAGCUGGAUGCAAAAGAAAACACCUUUUGAGCUUAAGCUUGCAAUUGGGGCUGUACAAAGGAAUUUUGGUCACACUUUUAAUAGUGAAAUUACAGGUAGAUUUCCACUUAACAAAUAUGGUGAAGCAAUUAAAACGUUUAAAAGUAACACCUCAAGCGGCAAAGUGAUAUUAUACCCUUCACAAAUCAUAUAG